UCUACCAUUUGUGGAAAUGUCGGAAUUCAGUGUUGCUGCCAGUUUCGAGAGAAAAGCCAAGGAGGUAACCGGUUCGCAGCAGAGCAUACAAACGCUCUCGGUUUGGGCCAUUCACCAUCGAAAACACGCAAAGAGCAUAGUGGAGGCUUGGCUGAAAGAACUACUCUCCUCUAGAGAAAGCAAGAAAUUGACGCUUAUUUAUUUGGCGAACGACAUAAUCCAGAAUAGUAAGCGGAAAGGUCACGAGUAUUCGUCGGAAUUUGGGAUUGUUAUGGCCAAAGCACUGGAGAACGUCUACCAAUACUGCGAUGACAGUGUUGAGAAGGCUGUGAGUAGAGUACUCGACAUCUGGGAGGAGAGAGGAAUCUACAAUGAGCACACUAUCUCGUUGUUAAGACCCAGAAGCUACACGCCUCCAUACUCGCCACCACCCGAGAUGAGUGCUAACACAGAUGAAGGAGCAGUCGAUCAAUUGCCAUUGAAUGUAGAAGAGGAUGCCGAGUGUUCAGAGGAACCACCAGAUACAGAAACCUUCCUAGAACGGUUGAAAAACCUGGACCAGUCGGCUGCAUCACACGACGAUAGAACACGCAUGAAAAUUACAAAUAUUGCACAGGAAUUGUUAGAUCCCUCUGCUGUUGCCAGCAUUGAUGAUCACAGAGAGUUGGAGAGAUUACAAGAGAAGGCUGAGAGUGCUCACGAGUUACUUGAAAAGUACAGCAAACAUUUAGGCAGCGAAGUGCGCGACCGCAUUUCCAUGGUACACAUGCUUAAGUCAUACAUCAACCACCAUCGUGCAGAAUUGAGCAGAGCUGAAGAGCAACUCACAGAGCAUCGACAAAAGCACGAGAAAGUGCAGAAAGUGCGCAAACAGCUCCAGUUGCAUCUGGAUAGCCUUCCAGAUUUAUCAAAGUUACCGUCCAACACUGGAGGACUUGCUCCUUUACCAUCUGUAGGAGACUUGUUUAGCUGAGCAUGCUGUGUUGUUUGCUCUGACAACUGAACGAGCAACAUCAGUAUUGCGAUUGUAAGUAACAAUCCUCAUGGCAGGCUCCUCAUUCAUAUAGAUGUAUGUAUGUAUGUAUGUAUUACAAAUACAUCGAAUGCAUGUUUGAUGUAUAAAGAGUGACACUCAUGGUACAGGGUGUUGCUGGCAUUUUAACUGACUGGCGAUCUACACGAUCAACUUACGUUUUAGGC